GUUCCAUUUCCCGCCCUUUUGCCCUUUACGAAACCCUCACUGUAUCUAAAAUCCCUAAACCCAAAAUGGAAAUCACAGAAGAGCAAAGAAAACGAGCCGAAGCAAAUCGCUUAGCAGCCUUGGAAAAACGCAAAGCAUUGAGCGAAUCCUCCAAUCUUCAGCAGCAACAUAACCCAUGGUCGCUCUUCAAGUGCCGAAAGCUCUCUCCCGACCUCACCUCAAACGUCACUCACUGUAUCUCCGAUCCAAGGCCAGAACUUUCCCGGGUCAACCUGAUUAUAAAUACCCAAUUGCUUACGAGGUUCCGGGUCAGGCUCGAAAUUUGCUCCCCGGAUUCUUUCUCAGCUACCCCAGUUGCCGUACAAGGCUUUGCAUUUCCGGGGCAUGAGGAGUGCUUAAGGAGACUAAGUGAUAUAUUGGCUUAUGUCAUGCCAUCCCACUACACGCAAAAUCAUGGUGGUGGAAAGGCCUGUGUUUACAAGCUGAGUGAUUACAAUGCAGUCUUGAAAUGUUUAAGGAGCAACAAGGGCAUUGACACUGAAGAGAUACCUUGGGGCACUCUUAAUGUUGUAGAGAGACUUUCACAUUCUUUUAUUUCUGGUAAAUGGAUACCAUGCAGACCAGAACACUUGUCAGAUGAUAAGGUUGAUGAGUUGAUUGGGAAGCUACCGAAGAAUCUAUUGGAUGCACUCUUGCCUUUCCAACUUGACGGUGUUAGAUUUGGUUUGCAAAGGGGUGGACGUUGUCUUAUUGCCGACGAAAUGGGCCUGGGAAAGACACUCCAGGCUAUUGCUAUUGCAUGCUGUUUCAUGAGUGAAGGUUCUAUACUUGUUGUUUGCCCAGCUAUUUUGCGUUAUACUUGGGCAGAAGAAUUAGAGCGCUGGCUUCCUUUUUGCUUGCCUGCUGACUUCCAUCUAGUAUUUGGUCACGAAAACAAUCCAGCCAAUUUAAAGAGAUGGCCUAGAGUUGUGGUUAUUUCGUAUACAAUGCUUCACCGUUUGCAUAAGAGCAUGCUUGACCGAGAAUGGGCUCUCUUAAUUGUUGAUGAAUCCCACCAUGUACGGUGUACAAAGAAAGCAUCAGAACCUAGAGAGAUAAAAGCUGUUCUUGACAUUGCAGCAAAGGUGAAGCGCAUAGUUUUACUAUCCGGGACACCUUCUUUGUCAAGGCCGUAUGACAUUUUUCAUCAGAUAGAUAUGCUAUGGCCUGGUUUGCUGGGAAAGGACAAGUAUGACUUUGCCAAAACUUACUGUGAUGUCAAAUAUAUCCAGGGUUCUCAAGGGAGAACUUUUCAGGAUUUCUCGAAGGGCACUCGUUUGGAGGAGUUGAACAUGUUACUGAAGCAAACAGUCAUGAUAAGACGUUUGAAGGAACAUGUCCUGGUUCAGCUACCACCCAAACGCCGACAGAUUAUACGAGUAGUAUUGAAGAAAUCUGAUAUGAUUUCAGCAAAGGCUGCUGUCAAGGUGGGGAAAGGUGUCACUAAAGAUGUAUCUUCAGAACAUUUGGAUGAACCGAAUGAUGGUGGGGGUUGCUGCAGAUCCGGGCAGCUUUCCUUCCAAGAAUUAGGUAUCGCAAAGCUAGCAGGGUUUCGUGACUGGCUCUCCAUUCAUCCACUCACUGCAGAGUCAGAUGGUGUUGCAAACUUGGACUCAGAUUCCAGUUCUCACAAAAUGUUAAUAUUUGCACAUCACCAUAAAGUACUUGAUGGAGUACAGGAGUUCAUAUGUGAGAAAGGGAUUGGUUUUGUUCGAAUUGAUGGAAACACACUUGCCACAGAUAGGCAGUCAGCUGUACGAUCAUUCCAAUUAUCAACUGAGGUUAAGAUUGCAAUAAUUGGUAUUACUGCUGGAGGUGUUGGCCUUGAUUUCUCAUCAGCAAAGCAUGUUGUCUUCUUGGAGCUUCCUCAGUCACCAUCAUUGAUGCUUCAGGCGGAGGAUAGAGCUCAUAGGCGAGGGCAAACAAAUGCAGUCAACAUAUACAUCUUUUGUGGAAAGGAUACUGUGGAUGAGUCACAUUGGCAAAGCUUGAAUAAGAGUUUGCACCGCGUAUCAUCUACAACAAACGGAAAAUAUGAUGCAAUACAAGAGAUAGCAGUUGAAGAUGUUUCUUUCUUUGAGACAUCAGGUAGAUCUGAUACUUGUGAAGAUCAUAUAUUGCAAAGGACAGAGGGUGAUGAGGUCUCUGCAGAGCCAAUAAAAUUACCUGACUUUGGCUGCUUAGCUAAGGAUAUGAAGCCUUAUGAGGCAUAUGAAUUAUUAGUCACAAACAUUCUACACAGAUCUGCACAACAUAGUGAUCCUGAUGGAAGUUCAUCCCAAACUGACAGUUGUCUUGUCAAGGCUGAUGUGGUUUCUGAUUUGGAAAAGAGCACUGAAGACAUAGAUGGACUUGAAAAGGAACACCAAAUCAACUGUCAACCAACCAAACUAAAUGACGGUGAACCAGUUCAGCCACUUGAAGCUGAAGAAAGCAGUACUCUAGAUGCCCUGCGAUUUGAGGUGAGCCAAUACACUGGCCGGAUCCACUUGUAUUCAUGCAUCUCAGGAGAGGAUUCAAGACCAAGGCCAAUGUUUGAGAAUUUUAGACCAGAGGAACUUGAGGCACUAAAUUCUCCUGCUGCUAACAGUAUUAAAGAAACAGCUUUUAAUUCUUUGAAGGACAAUCCAGCCUAUUUACAAGCUAUUCUUGCAUUCAUUGAAGAAUGGAAGAAGCUGAGGCCCAUCGAACAAAAAAGAUUACUUGGAAAGCCUUUGCAACUUCCGUUGACUGUUGAGUUGUGCUAUCUGUGCGAAGGCAUCAACCAUGACAUCAGGGGACUGCUGAAGGGUGGAAGCAAGCGCCGCUCUACACCUUUUUAUGAGAUCAGCCAACCUUUACCAUCAAACGCUGUGUGGAAAAAAGUCCAUCUACGUAGUGGCUAUGGAAAAAAGGAAAAGGAAUAUGCUCAGGCUUAUACUCUGACUGAUGAACCUCUCUGUAAACUCUGUCAAACACCAUGCAAGGGCCACAAUGCGAAGACACCUGAGUAUUUUGAAGAUCUGUUCUGCAAUCUUGGUUGCUAUGAAGAAUACCGCAUCCGAACCAGUAACAGAUCUCUUCGUCAAGAACUUUUUCAACUAGAACAUGGUGUUUGUGCAAACUGCCAAUUAGAUUGUCAUAAACUUGUGGAGCACCUAAGACCAUUAUCAUUGGCAAAGCGAAGGCAGUAUAUCGAAAAAGUUGCACCACGGGUGGCGAGGCUGAAGAAACCGCUUGAUAGGCUUGUUAAGGAUCCAACAGAGGGCAAUGCGUGGCAUGCAGACCACCUUGUUCCUGUCUAUCGAGGUGGAGGUGAAUGCAAGCUAGAGAACAUGAGAACACUUUGUGUGGCUUGUCAUUCUGAUGUUACUAAACAACAAUGUGCUGAACGACAUUCAACAAGGAUCAAGGCUAAGAAAAAGCUAAAGGCAAUCAUGACUAAUCUAAAACAUAAAGGCACAGAGACUAUUCUACAGGGGCAGGAGGGGAAUAUGGAGAUCCAAGAGAGUGUAUAUGAGGACGAGCUUUUAGUCAAGGUUCCUGGGAGCGCCUACUCUUUAGCGAAUCACUUGGAUGCUACAAUUACAAGUGGACACUUGGACGAGCCCUCCUCGAAUGGCAACAAGAUUUCCACUCCCACAGUACAGAACCAUCCGCCAGGAGGAGCAUAAUUCAUAUCUUUCCAUUGAGAUUUUUUUUUUUUUUGGGCACAUGCCAGCCAUUUGUUGUGUUGAGCUAAAAAUGAGUAUAAUCUUAUGUAAUUGAAUUACAUCACGAAUCGCUUCCUCAAGGUUAAUUAAAAUUUGUGACCAGUCAGUCCACUACAACAAAGAGUUUGACAGGUGGCUCAAAUUCCGUUUCUCGGGUCUUUUGCCUUGCUUUUUAAAAGUUGAUCAUCUGUCUUCCAGAAUUGCCUUCCAAUGAAGCUCAGCCGCUUGCCCAACAUGACCAUAUUCAUCUUCCACAAGCUCAGCCGUAUGAUGUGAUGUGGAAGCAGAGCUCUGGCCGCAAUCUUGGGCUCGCCACUGGCUUCCACGUCCUGCAGAUUCUGCUUAGCCAAACAGGGCACUUGCUCCAACUCCAGAUGAUAACCCCACUUGUUGGAGGACUAGUCGGAACAUACAAUUGCAUUGCCAGAGGCCAGGGUGGUUUGAGCAGCUCUGGACUAAUUGUCAUGCAAUCCUUUGGUUUUAAAAAUGAAAUAGUGUAAUAUGUCCAAGUUUAAACUGAUUUUAAGAACAGGGGGCAUAUGAAGGUGCAACAGAGUGAAUGAAAUGUAAUUCUGUUUAAUAUACAAGUAUUCUUUUAUUGUUAAAACUGUCAAUUCUGUACACAUGUAUAUAAGCUAGGCAGGCAACAACAAUUUUGCCUUCA